AUGUAUGGCUGUCUUUUCGCUUGUCGUGGUAUUAGAAAGAGACCUCAUCGAGAGGAAAUGACUGCUACAGACCCAGACUCCGACCUUCCGAACCCAUUGCCCGCGAUAAGAAGAUCACUCACCCCAUUAGAAUGCUCCGAAGUCGAGCCACCAUCGGGUUGGAGGAAAGUUUUGCGAAAACCUAAGCUUCGUCGUUCACUGGACCAAUAUCAGUCCUCGCUCGCAGGACUACCUCCAGAGAUUCGUUGGAUGAUAUGGAAAUACUACUUCUGCGCGCCCCAGAUACAUGUUGUUCGUAUAGAUCGGGGUCACUCAAGAGCAUUAAAUACGCGACUUGCUGCGAUUAAGUGUGUAGAAGGUCGAGGGUCGGAGAAGGCGGAAUCCUUCUGCAACCAUCUCUGCUGGGGAAAGAUUCCUUGCACACGAACUUUCCAUGAUGCAGUUUCUCCCAAGAAUCCAAGAUGGUACCUGGACGAGUGUCAAGCUUCUAAAAUGGAAGAAGUUGGAUUUGUUGCUUUGCUCCAGACAUGUCGACUUAUAUAUUCAGAGACGAUCGACAUGAUAUACAAUCGAAAUACCUUUAGCUUUGAUCACGCGGACAGCAUAAUUGGCCUUUCAAACACACUUCUACCAAAACGCUUGGACCAAAUACGUUCCCUACGCUUUACCUACCACUUCCCGUACAAUCCAUAUGGCUAUGUUGGUGACCUUUAUGUUGAUUGGCGGCGAUAUUGCUCUGCCUGUGAGGUUCUUGCUAAGCUGUCUCAUUUGGAGGAGCUGAUAAUCCACCUUCAUCCUGAGAAUCUUGGUCCCAACGCCGCGGCCUUUAUAGUUCGGCCGCUAGUUCAGAUCAAGCAACCCAAGCUUUUUACUGUGCACAUGUUCGUCCCAGAGGGUUAUGCUGAGCCACACUUUGAUGAUAGCGACUUACCCUUUAAAUUGAUCAUUCGUAACGAUACGGAAGGGUGUGGGCAGAGACGGUUGGUAUAA